AUGCACAGGGCGCGCAAGAUGACGAAGGGGUGGGCAGCUUCGGCGCUGUUGCUGGUGCUGGUCGCUGCGACGUCACUUGAAGGAGUGGCAGCGGUGGAGGAGCCGGAGCUGCUGGUGUCUUGCCCGCUUGCCCCCGCCUCAUGCCUGACGUUCGGGUUCACCUUCCCUGGGGCAGGGUCGCUGCUGGCUGUCGAGGGGCUUGACAUGAAGAACGGUUACGUUCUUUGGGCCGAGACCAUCAACAACGGGACCGACGGCAUAGCCACCAAACUGGGCAACUACAAGGUGAAGUUGGUUGCGUUCGACGAUCAGGCAAUGGCCAACAAUACGGAGUACUACUACGGGCAGCUGCUCAACGUCACUGACUUCCUUCUCGGACCCUAUGGCACGAGCUUGACCGACGUGGCGAACAAGGUGGCCCACGCCAACGACCGCCUCAUCAUGUUCGCCAACGCUCAGGCCGAGGAGAUCUACAACCACGGCUAUCCCCUCAUCUUUGGCGUCGGCACAUCCGCUUAUCACUACGUCGACCCGGCCGUGUACUAUCUCCGAAUGCGCGGUGCUAGGACUGCGGCCCUGCUCUACUCCAAAGCUGCAUUCACCUCCAGUGUCGCGCAGGGCGCCCUCAACAGUUUAGUCGCUUCUGGCGCCGUUUUAGAAGCUUCGUCGGUGCUCAGCUUCGCCGAGGGCACCCUCAAUGCCACCACAGCCCAGCAGUACAUGCGAGUGAUCAAGAACCAAGAUCCGGAUAUGUUCUUCGCCUGUCUCCUUCUGCGUGACGCCGCGACGCUGGUCAACGCCACCAAGGCGAUCGGCUAUCGGCCUCGCGCCUUCUUCAUGACCAGCGCACCGAGCGAGCCCUCCUUUGUUGAAGCGAUGAAGAAGGAUGCGUGGUACCUUCUCGGUCCCUCCCAGUGGCAGCCUUCAUUGGGCUACUCAGAUCAGGUGUUCGGAUCGGCGGCUAACUACGCCAAGAGAUUCCGUCUGCGGUUCAACGAAGAAGUCUCGUUCACCGCGGCGCAGUCCUCGGCUGCUGGCUACGUUCUACAGCUGGGCCUCGGCGCGGCUGAUGAUCCCAAGAACCAGAGCCAGGUCGGCGCCGCCCUCCACGACCUGGACACCAUACAGACCUUCUACGGACCGGUCAAUUUCGACACCGCAGGCAGCAACAUCGCCAAGCCGAUGGUCAUCACUCAGAUUAUGCCGCCGGCUAAGGGCGCCGUGGGCAAGGUCACGGUGGUGGCGCCCGAGCCCUACAAUGCGAAGCGACUGAUCUACCCGAUACCCUACGUCUACUCCUCUGCCUCCGCUCUGCGGCCUUUCUCUCUCUACGCGCUCCUCUCUUCAUUCUUUCUCUCCUCCCCUUCUUCUUGA